GUUGAGAGGAGAGAUGACACAGAAGGCGACGCAAUUCAAAGGGCAGCAGAAGAGGAAGACGAUUCCUCCGAACCGCCAUGGGAAGAGCGUUCAAACUCGUAAAGGGAAGCGCAACGUGAAGCCGGCUAAGUUCACCAAGGACAUGGACACCGAUCGGGAGAUAACAAAGUUCAUAAACCACUGCAAUGAGGUGAAGGCAGCCACUGCUGCAAACAAAGAAGGCGGCCAACUGAGUAUUGUCAAAAAUCCUCCAGAGUCAGAUAGUGGUGGAAAGAAAUAGUAGUUUCCAAGUUGUGGAUGUAGAGAAUAUAGAUGGUCUGCGAAAAAAACUCUAAACAUGACACUAUUGAACAUCUUUUGUGCUGAUGUUGUCCUAUUAGAUUCCUUACUCUUGUGUUUCCUUGUUCAGCUUCAGUGCAUUGACUACUUUGUACCUUGAUACCAAAUUCUAAGUUUGAAGUUUUGUUUUUAACCAGUACCAUUUGAAGUUUUGUUUUUAACCAGUACCAUUUGAAGUUUUGUUUUUAGGGUGAUAUGGAUGUUCUUCAUAUUCGAAACCAGAAGUUCACUGAGAUUUGCAUGUUGUGAUCUUUUGAUCUGUAAAAGCAUUAAAUGAUUUUAAAUCUUGAUUUUACAGAUCUAUGUCUGCUAUUUUUUUUCCUUUUCUUUCUGGGUUACAUAUGGGGGUCAUUGUUUUUCUUUUUU